UGACGUCAGCACAGUGAGAAACAAACAUGGUCAACAAUAUGUCUGUGAAAGAUCGCGUGUCUCAGUUCGAAGCCAUGGCAGAAGAGGAUAAGAAAGAGGCGGAGAAAGCAGCUUCAUCUCCAGGCAAGCCGCCUCGCUUUCUCUAUCCUGGAAGUAAACAGAAGGAAGAUCAGGUUGCUUGCAGCAACAUGCAGCUACCGCUUCCGGUAAAACCUCGAACCUCGUUGACGGGUGUUGAUCUCGAUCUCGAAGGCGUCUGGAAUAUCCGAAAAAAUGUGUCUGUAGCCAAGUCGAAGUUGAAUCAACCUGUUUAUCCUCUGACGACUGGAUCUUAUAGCCGUCACGGGGCCGUUGCUACGAAAGGGCAAUCUACUAAUAGUCGUCACGAUGAUUUCUCUUUCUCGCCAUCAUCAGUCAGAGAUCGUCGUGAGAGUGUGCGAUUUCCAGAUCUUGCUCCACGGAAUGGACCCUCUCGUACGUGGAAGACGCCGCAUCAAGGUGUUUAUUCUUACUCAGAGGCCGCCAAGAGACGGCGAGCUUCGCCGACAGAAGAAACAACAGAGUCGCCUCCUUCAGCAAAAAGAAGAGUAAUGGGCGGCUUGCAGAGUUUAGGUCGAGAAUUUGAAUCGAAAUUUGCACCCAAAUCUACAACAGAUAUCAAAAGCAAUCCUGAACGAGACAAAAAGUUGAGAUAUGCGCAAAAGAUGGCUGCUGGUCAUUUGAGGUCUGCAGGUCUGGGAGAAUACACACCAAAGACAUCAGCAUACAGAAGGGAAAGAGACAGUAAUGAUAAUGGUUAUACAGCCAAAUGGAAGCUUCCUAGAGAUGAUACAGACUCUUAGUUAACACACUGGAGUUAACAUCCCGCCUCUGUUUAUGAAUAAAAUAAGAUGUAGGUAAGCAGGGUAAUGAAUGUUUUGAGGCAAUUGAUGUACUCCUAUAAGUUAUCAUGAUGGAUAUACAGCAUAUCGAACUGUCAAUCUUCAAUGAUUUUAUUUUACCAUACCGUUAUACAAUCAAGAAAUCUGGGACAAACU